UGGUUAGGAAGGUUUGUUGGAUCGUCAUGAGGUACUGGUGUUUAUUGCUUAAGUUUGAUCCUCGCUGCAGUGCUGCAUGUGUUCACAAGCCUCUCAUUCAUGAUCAAGGAAGUAAAGAAAAGAGGACAAACUUCAGUAAACAGCAACAAGAUCAGCUGAAUGGUGAACAUAAACUUUUAUCUGGCAUUUCCCCCCUCGAAAGGGCGGGGAUGCAGGUGGACAGGGCAUAGUGGGGAUGGGACAGGUAGUACCGGUUUUCAUUGUUAUCCAGUAGUGAGCAAGCCAGUGCCUGACCUGACAGGCAAAAUCAACGGAAUGGUGACGGUAUAAUUUCAUCAGAGUUCAUCGUGCCGUCUCCAGAUGACAUACUCCUCAGACCCAGGUGAACCGGAGAUGUCGACUGAUCACCAAUCAUGACGCUCAGAGCUCGUAAAACGCUUUUUUCCUUGACUGUGAUUGUCCUAAUCUUUGUGCUGUGUUUCAUACACAAAUUGGACAUAAUAGAGACCCAGAUGAACCGGAGAUGUCGACUGAUCACCAAUCAUGACGCUCAGAGCUCGUAAAACGCAGGAGGUCACCACUUACCAGCCACAGUACGGUGCGGCACGGAUCUUCUUUUUGUUGACUGUGAUUGUCCUGAUCUGUGUGCUGUGUUUCAUACACAUUGUGGAGUUUCAGAAAAAGGAAAACCUCACCAUCAUCCCUCCAAGAGUGGUGCCAAAGAAACAUCAUGAUGUCUGUACUGUCCAGCCACUGUCCCCUAAAGAGGACCUUGAAGAAAAACUCCUACUAGAAUCCAUUGCUUGGCCAGAAACUCCACCUUUGCCGACUCCUCUUUCCAUGAAUGAAACCAGUUAUCCGGCUAAGAGCACCUUCACCAUUCUUCCACAGACUGGAGGAGGGCAGUGGCAUGUAGGGGACAAGCUGAAGGUGCUGAUCAAAAUGUGUGACUUCCAAGGCCAUUCUAAGAAGUCUGGAGGAGACGUCUUAUUCGCUCGGCUGCACAACCCGACUCUUGGUGCAGGUGUUGCUGGGAAAGUGGAGGAUCAUCUCAAUGGCUCCUACUCUGCUGUUUUCUCUUUACUCUGGGAAGGAAGCGCAUGGGUUGAGGUGACACUGGUUCACCCCAGUGAGGCCGUCACGGUGCUACGUAGGUUGAACAGUGAACAGCCUGACAGGGUUAUCUUCCAGAGCCUCUUCUACUCAGGCUCCAUCUCUGAAACUACCAUCUGUAACGUAUUCCUGCGUUCGACUGAGCAGCCGCUGUGCAACUACACUGACCUCCAUACAGGUGAACCUUGGUUCUGCUUCAAGCCAAAGAAUCUGAACUGUGAUACCAGGAUCAACCACUCCAAGAGAGAAGUCAAACAAAACCUCAAGGCCAAUGAGGAGAAACUUUUUCAGCUCGGUGUCAACAUGAAAGUGUCAAUUCCAGCUUCAGGACCUGCUAGUGUCACUGUGUUGCCAAGACCGAAAGGUCAAGCAGUGGUGAACAGCAGCAAUAUGGAGUCUGGACUCUCUGGCUAUUACUACAAGGAUGAAUGGCAAACACUAAGUGGCACCAAGGUUCAGCAGUUCAACACCCCCUCAGCCGUCACUCAAUGUCUGAAAGGCAAAGUGGUCCACCUGUAUGGAGACUCCACCAUCAGGCAGUGGUUUGAGUACUUCAAUGGAGCACUACCAGAUCUCAAGGAGUUUGACCUGCACAGCCAUAAACAAAAUGGACCUUUCAUGGCCAUGGACAUUCCAAACAACAUCCUGAUGACGUUUCGCUGCCAUGGUCCUCCUUUCCGUUGUCACCCUGUCCCAAUCAGCGAGUUGCGUUACAUUGCCAAUGAACUAGACAAUGUAAUCGGAGGCACCAACACUGUCGUGAUCUUUGGCAUCUGGGCACACUUUGGCAGUUACCCAAUGGAGGUCUACAUCCGGCGGUUGCAGACCAUCCGCAGGGCGGUGAUACGCCUGCUGAACAGAUCUCCAGGUACAGUGGUCAUCAUCCGGACAGCAAACCCCAAAGCUUUGACGCUCUUUGAGAGUCUGGCCAACAGUGACUGGUACUCAUUGCAGAAUGACAAAGUACUCAGGGCCAUAUUUAAAGGAUUGAAUGUUCAUCUGGUGGAUGCCUGGGAGAUGGUCCUGGCCCACCACUUACCUCACAACCUCCACCCACAACCUCCCAUUAUUAAGAAUAUGAUCAAUGUUCUCUUGUCCUACAUUUGCCCUAUAAAGAGUGACUAGAUGUUGUCUUCAGCAAUCCAUGCACAGAAAAGACUAACUACAAUUAGUUAUUCCUCCACCAAGGAAUGUGGUGGAGUUAUGUGACGAUCCGUGUAUGUUUGUUCAUCUGUUAGGUUGUUAGGCUGUUUGUCUGUCUGUUUGUCUGUCUGUGCAAAACAUUACUCAAAAACAGAAAAAUGAAUUUGGAUGAAAUUUUCAGGGAAGGUCAGAAAUGACACAAGGACCACUGUAACUAUGACAACAAGUUAACGCCACGUCAGCUGCCUACUGACGAUUACAUGAUUGCGAUCUUACUACAAAUCCACAGCCGUGGACUUAUUGGGACUUAUCCAUCGGAAAUCAUACAGUGACUGAGCAGCCUUGGUGAGUACUGCGCUGUCUGAGUGCUUUCCUUGUUAGACCAUUUCCCUUUGUGGCCAUGUACAUUUGCAGCAGAUCUGACACAAGAAAACAAGUGCAGUUGUUUCUGAUUUUAUGCCAUUUUUAUCAAACAGCUUUUGUGUAUUAUGCAUGCAAAAACAUAGAGAAACAGAUCAAGUACAGAGGACAGAAAGGCAUUUUAGCUUGUUUUUAAGGUUCUCCAGGUUGGAGAAUAAAGCUAACUUAACACAUAUAUCCUCAUGUUUGGGAUUCCAGGAGAUGCUGGAACUCUGUAGCCAGUACAGAGACAGAUCAUAUUCCCAUGAAGUUUCAUACAUAAUCCCAGUCUAUGAAACAGACUUACAGUCACUCAUCUGGGAGCUAACUUCCACCUCUAAGAAACUCGACUGGUCUUCUCGUCUCUUGUCUCGUCUUGCUUCAAGGUGAUUGUAGUUUGCGACAGUAUUUUUUUAAAGUGCUAUUAGUGUUGUGAUUUCUGGAGACAGCUUAUGGUACAAAUAUAGUUUUACCUCCAGGGAGAUUCAGUUUCUGGUUUUGACCAUUUAUUGGUUCAUCUUGUCUGUGGGAUUUACUGCUCUAGGCCUAACUUAGCAUGUUUGAUCAUGGGUACAUUUUAUCUUAUGUACUGUAGUAUAUGUGCAUUAUUUAAAUGUAGUAGGAUUUUGAUAUCCCUUCUUGCAUACAUGAGACACCUAAGACACUGUGGGAUGGUCAAAUGAGUGAGGGCAUCCUCUGGGUUAUCAAGUGGGCGCCCUCCUUCAUCUGCGUUUCGCUGAUAGGCCCACAAUACCUCCAGAGGGUUCAGCAGUGAAUCCCAGCAUCCCAGGUUCACCCCCUAGAUGCCAUCUACUCACCUGAAGGCCCAAGUGGAGUCCUUUCUCUUCAUCCAUAGCCACUGACUUCCCUUUUCAGCAGCUCUGAAGAGGUCCUUGAUCACCUGCUGGUGGGCCUUCCCGUGUACUCCCAUCUCCCGGAGAAGCCUGGAUGUUGAGGUGACUCCAAAUCCUCUGCAGCCUGCCUGACUGGUUGGACCCUCACCUUCCAGCCUUGCUGUUUUGCAUCGGCAGCAAUCUCUGUAUACCUCAGCUUCUUGCACUCAUAGUCCUCCUCUACUGAGCUCUCCCAGGGCACUGCGAGCUUGAUGAUGUAGACAUGCCUAAGCAAAGCUAACCAUAGCACCAGGUCUGGUCGCAGGUUGGUGGAUGCGAUCUCAGUUGUGAAGCAGAGCUUUUGGUCCAGGUCUACUAGCAUUCUCCAAUCACAAGACCCUCUCAAAUGCCCAGGAUCUGGGCAGCAAAGAGGGUCCCACCCAAGAGGACCCUCACCCUCCCAGACAAAUGUUGUUUCUUGCCAUUGGGUCGACGUGGGUGGAAGGGCGUUAACACUCAUGCGCUGUGUCUCCAGCACUAGUGCCAGACACUUCAGCACCUGGUUGUGCCGCCAGGUGUAACAGCCUUGAGCAAGGCUGGUCUUGCAGCCCACUGAGAUGUGUUUGAGUGUAGCUGGAGUUGAAUGUGUUGUAUAACUUCAGGAAACAACAGAAACAAGGAGUCUUUUUUCUAUUCAUAAGGUUUGAACAACUUUAGUAUGAAGCUCAUGAGAAUUUUGAUGCAAUACUAUUAAAUUAAUAGUAAUUUAAACAGGAUACUGUGUUAGACAGAAUGAUGCAUAUUGUACAAAAUGUUAACUAGCUUACAUUUUUGGUUGUGAGUUGAUCAGUGGAGAAAUGAGCUUUUAGUUGUUCUUUUCUGCUUGUGUUUUUGUACAUGCUCAAAAUCUAUAUUAAAAACCAAAGUACAACAACUGUAUGAAAUGGGGAUGAUUUUCAUAAAGGUUCUUAUGCCACAUGAACUCUGAACUGUCUUAUCAACCAAGUUAUGAUUUUGUAAUAAGUACUAUUUGGGUGAACUAAACCUUUAAAAUCUUAAGUAGGAUAUGAAAUAGUAUUUUGUGUGGAAUACUCGGUGUGGUCCUGAAAGUACAGCCUCCUGCUCUGUAGACAAAAUUACUGGAGCCAAAAUAAAAGUGGAAUACUCCUUGAAUAACCAUUUUAAAUUCUA